CGACGCAAGCGGUCAAAACAAUAACACCGCUGUAGCUCGAAAGGCUGUUACCCAGCAUCCCCUGCGAGAGAGCGAUCCUAACCCCGCCGCGCUUGCGCACAAGGGUGCCUUCGGUUUCUGCCGCUGGGGCCUUCCCAUCAUCCGGGUCCUGAAGCCGACCUCUUUCCUUUUGUUUACUCUGAGGAGGCGGAGUCGGCUUCUGGUCUCGGAGCCGGUCGCCUGAAGGGAGCCCCGGAGCAGCAGGAGGGUUUCUUAAAGCGCUGAGACAUGUCUGGGUUCCUUGAGAGCAUGAGGUGCUCCGAAUGCGUCGACUGGGGAGAAAAACGAAACACGAUCGCUUCUAUUGCCGCUGGGGUCCUGUUUUUUACAGGUUGGUGGAUUAUCAUAGAUGCAGCUGUUAAAUAUCCAGAUUCAAAACAGUUCAACCAUUCAUAUCAUGCAUGUGGAGUCAUAGCUACGGUUGCAUUUCUAAUGAUCAAUGCAGUCUCAAAUGGACAAGUGCGUGGGGACAGUUAUAGUGAGGGCUGCCUUGGACAAACAGGUGCUCGCAUCUGGCUGUUCAUCGGCUUCAUGUUGGCUUUUGGAUCUCUGAUUGCUUCCAUGUGGGUCCUCUUUGGAGGCUAUGUUAUUAACGACAAACCAGAUAAACCAGCUGUAUACCCAGGAAUAGCAGUGUUUUUCCAAAAUGCUUUUAUCUUUUUUGGAGGUUUGGUCUUCAAGUUUGGUCGCACAGAAGAUUUGUGGCAAUAAGUGACAGAGUCUGCCCUACUAUUUUAAAUUACACACUUCCAUUUUGUAACACUUACCCUCUGAUAUCACUGAAAAUGAGAACUGUCUACACUUUUAAAUCAUGAAACACAUUUCCAUUUUUUUUAUUCUGUUCUCUACAUGUAGCUUCUGACAUUAAACAUUUCAUUGUAUGAUAGAUGUAAAACUGAGAAGUAAAAGAGGGCCUUAAGUCCUCUUGCUGAAUGUGUUUGUUAUAAUGAAUAUUAAACUAUAUAAACAUUUA